CCUCCUGCCGGUGUCGGCGCGCGUCGCGGAGCGCCGAGUGGCCCGGAGCGCGCCCAACCGCCCGACCAUGAGGUCCCCGGCCGUCAGACGCUUCCUCGAGUGCCUGCUGGGCCUCUACUUCGUCGCCCACAUCCCCAUCACCCUGUUCCUGGACCUGCAGAUGGUGCUGCCGCGCGAACUCUUCGCGGUGGAGCUCAGAAACGUGCUGCAGUGGUACGCCAAGGAGUUCAAAGACCCUCUGUUGCAGGAUCCCCCCGAGUGGUUCAAGUCCUUCGUGUUCUGUGAGCUUGUGUUUCAGCUGCCCUUCUUUCCAUUCGCAGCAUAUGCCUUCUUCAAAGGAAGCUGCAAGUGGGUUCGCACUCCAGCCAUCAUCUACUCUGCUCACACCAUGACCACCGUGAUCCCGAUCCUCGCCACACUGCUGUUUGAGGACUUCCCCAAAGGACAAGGACCGGGGACUUUCUCUGAAAAACUCAUCCUUGUUUCUGUCUACCUGCCCUACUUGCUCAUCCCUCUCGUCCUGCUCCUCUUCAUGUUGCGGAAUCCCUACUACAAGUCUGAGGAGAAGAGAAAGAAGAGAUGAGGGGACCCCUCCCGGCCCAGGGGACACGGCCAUGGGGCAGCUGCCUUUUAGACUCAAUACAAGAACUCCCAGAACCCGUGUCUGCAGUUGCUUUUGAAGCGUGCCAAGCAGUGGCAGUGUACAACACUGAGGGGGUGGUGGGUGCUAGGAUGGGCACAGGGUGUGAGCUGGAUUCUGGCCAGUAGUGCCAAGACCACCUCACGUGUCUCAGAACCCCCGCGGGCUGCCCACGGCAGGGUCUCAUCACUGUACUCUGGAGCUUGGUCUUUAGCUUGUCGCCACCUGCCAAGUGGAGACGGGAUGUCUCUGGCAUCUUCAACUUUGAAAUCAGGCCUUUGCAAUUCAGUAAAAACUCUCAUUUUCUUGCUUCCCCAACCCUAGGGGGAAGGAAGAAAAUCCACCAGAAUUGGUUUAACUGUGUUCCCCCGCAGGCUCACCCCAGUGCAGCUCCGUCAGAAGCGGGUCACGCUGAGGUGCUGGUCCUUACCUCCCCCAUCAGCAGACCACCACCUGAGAUGGCUCCCUGGACCCGGGUCCAGUCCAGCCAAGGACGUGUCCUGCACUGCUCAGCGUCCUGCUCGCUUGGCCUGGAGGCAGUGGGCCCCGGGUGCCCGCAGACCCCUCUGCCCUGGCCCACUGAGCUGCUGAGCCCACCUCUCUGCCGGCUGGGACUGCUGUUUGAUGCGCGUGUUUCUGGUCCAAAUAAAGGCAGCUGCGGCCCC